AGGGUGUAAACAAGCGGUACAUGAGCUGCACUCCGCUGAGUUUUUUUCUCUAUUAAAAUUUGUGAAUUCAUCGUACUCCUCGGGUCCGGAUGGAGAUAUUAGGAAGCACGUUUGAUGACUCGGUGUUUUCGGAGGCGAGAGACCGAGUGUGUGUGUCUCUGUCUUCUUACAAUGCCAAAGUGUGUGAGCCAGAGUGGUUUUGUGAGAGCGCUGCUCUGGAUACAGAUGAUUCUCUGGAGAAGCAGAAAGUUUAUAAGUUUAGAGGCGACUUGGCCGUGAGACAAGGGGACUAUCAGAAAGCCUUGGAAGCAUACAGCUGCUGCCUGGAGUGGAUCGCUGACAACAACUUGACCAUCAGAAGAGAUGUGCUGGAGGGAAUGGCCCGAUGCUGCACCAUGCUGGGACACAGAGACAGGGCACUGGGCUUGGCUGACUUACUGAGCAAAGAAGCCUCCAACACCUGCCACCUGACCAGUCUCCUGCUGCUUAAGGUCAGCAUCUACCAGCAUUUUGGAGCCGUAGGAUCAAAGAUGUUGUCUCUCCAGCAGCUGUGUAGCCUGCUGCCCUUCAACCCUUGGCACUGGUUCAACCUGGGCCAGAUGUGUCUGCAGCUGCUGGAGAACAGCAGAACCACAGGAUCCUGUUCCUCGAAGAGGUGUGAAUCAGCAGAGCAGCAGAAUGAUGGAGAGACUGAGGAGCAACAGGAGGAGGCAGCAGAGCUUCACGCAGACAGAGUUCGACUCAAAGCUUGCACUUGUUUCAUCAGGACCAGACUCCUGUUGAGAAUCCUUAGGCAGCAGCAGUCCUCCUUUGUGUUGCAGCGCAGUGAAAGCGCCCUGCGGACGACAGAUGAGACGCUACAGCGGCUAAAUCCCAAAGAAUCAACGCUGCAGACUCUCACCAAGGUGAUGUCAGAGGACCUGAUCCCGGAGAAGAUGAGGGAAGACUACCAGGACGGGGAGAGUCUGGCCAGUGUGUGUGUGCAGAGCUUCAGAGAGCGUUGGUGGAACAAGAUCUUACAGACUGGAGUGUUAGAGACUGAUGCAGGUCGGCGUCAGACAGAGACGGACGCAGAAUCCUGAUGUUGAAUGUUUACAGAGACAGUGGCGGACAGGAGAGGGACUGAAGAACAUGUGGACGAUGGUUCAGCCUCUGUCGAGAUCCCAUCAAAGAGCAACAGAGACAGAGUGAAUGAACUGAAAGCCAGAUCCAGACGUCAGAUGUUAACAUGAAUGUUUCAUCCACUUCGUUCUAUGUGAAAUAUAAUUUAUGACAGCGCAUCUGUCCGACGUUGAAACAGAAAAUCAAAGUGAGACCUUUUCAUUUUUUUAAAUGUUAUGUGUAAAACGUAUCUUAUGCCUUCUAGCUUACGUGCGUGUAAAACAUUACAUUGCUGUGUUUAUGCUUUAUGUUGUUUUUAUUUUGCUGCUGAAAAAAAAGUAAAUAUUCUGCAAAAAUAUUAUCUCUUUAAAUGUCUCAUUUUAUGAUAAUAUUUUACAGCCUUUGCCGAUUUAACAAAUUCAGCAAACCGAA